GAGCUCCGCGCCCCCCGCGCCCCCCGCACCCCUCGCCAGGAGAGCCGGAAGAUUUCGGGCGCUUUUUUUUGUGACAAGAACUGGGUUUCCGCAAGGCUGCUUUUUCCCUUUUUUUUUUUUUUUUUUGUUUUAUUUUGUUCCUUUUUUAUUAUUAUAUUUUUUUUCUUUUUUUAAAAUUCCCUUUUCCUGCGAGAACAGCCCCCCCCCCCCACCCCCAACCUCCCGCCCCCCCCCAGCUCCGCAGCAGCGCCCGCCGCGGGCCGUAGGUGUGUAUACAAGAAUCACAGUAAUAAAGAGGGAGGGAGAGGCGGCCAGAGACCACCCAGCCCCCGGCGCCCCGAAGGAUGCUGCUGCGGUGCCGCUGCUAGAGGACACGCUGGGAUUUAGCUCGUCUCUGAGACUCUUUCUCUCUCUUUCUCCCCCUCUCUCCCCUCUUCCUUCUCCGCAGAGGACGGGGGGGUGAGGCCCUUCCACCCUCUUCCUCCUCCUCCUCUUCCUCUCCUCCCCGGCCGCGGGAAGCCCCUCUCCAUGAUGCAGGCUCGCUACUCCGUCUCGGACCCCAACGCUUUGGGAGUGGUGCCGUAUUUAAGCGAGCAAAACUACUACCGGACGGCGGGGACGUACGGCGGCAUGGGCAACCCCAUGAGCGUCUACCCGGGCCACGCCGAGCAGUACGCGGCGGGGAUGGGGCGCUCCUACGGACCCUACCACCCCCACCAACCCGCCGCCCCCAAGGACCUGGUGAAGCCACCUUACAGCUACAUCGCCCUCAUCACCAUGGCCAUCCAGAACGCCCCCGACAAGAAGAUCACGCUCAAUGGGAUUUACCAGUUCAUCAUGGACCGCUUCCCUUUCUACCGAGAGAACAAGCAGGGCUGGCAGAACAGCAUCCGUCACAACCUGUCCCUCAACGAGUGCUUCGUCAAGGUGCCCCGCGACGACAAGAAGCCCGGCAAGGGCAGCUACUGGACCCUGGACCCCGACUCCUACAACAUGUUCGAGAACGGCAGCUUCCUCCGGCGCCGGAGACGCUUCAAGAAGAAGGAUGUCUCCAAGGAGAAGGAGGAGGCCCGGGAACGGCUGCUGAAGGAGCAGCCCAAGCCCCCUGGGCUGCCCGGCGCCGACCUCCCCAAAGAAGCCUCCUCCUCUUCUUCCUCUUCCUCCACCUCGGCGCCGGUUUCCGAGAAGAAAGUGGUGAUCAAGAGCGAGACGGCGUCUCCCGAGCUGCCGGUGAUCACCAAGGUGGAGACGCUGAGCCCGGCCAGCGGCGGGGCUUUGCGGGACAGCCCCCGCAGCGCCGCCUCCCCCCCCGCCGCCGCCUCCCCCGAGGCCUCGCUGCCCGAGCAUCACCCCGCGGGGAACGGGCUCCCGGGUUUCAGCGUGGAAAGCAUCAUGACCCUGCGGACUUCCCCCGCGGGGGAUCUCAGCCCGGUGAGUGCCGCCUCGGGCAGGACGGGAGCCGCUAUGCCUUUGGGCUACCCAGCGGGGCAACCGUCGGGCUACAGCGCGGCGUGCAGCCAGGCCCUGGACACUAGUGGGAGCUACCACUGCAGCAUGCGGGCGAUGAGCCUCUACAGCGGCGAGAGGCCGGGCCACAUGUGCGUCCCCCCCGCAGCGCUGGAGGAGGGUCUGGCCGAGCAUCCCACGGGUGCCCCGUCGCCCCUCGGGACCCUCAGCUUGCCCGCGGGGCAGGAGGGUGCGCUGGGGACCGGGCACCCCCACGGCGGGGCGGCGGGGGGGGGCGGCCAGCCCCCCGCCUCCUGGUACCUCAACCACGGGGCUGAGCUGAGCCACCUGCCCGGCCACACUUUCGGCUCUCAGCAGCAGACUUUUCCCAACGUUCGGGAAAUGUUCACCUCGCACCGGCUCGGGAUGGAGAGCGCCUCGCUCAGCGACCACCAGGUGAGCAGCAACUCUGCCUGUCAGAUCCCCUACAGAUCCGCGCCCUCCCUAUACCGCCACGCCGCCCCCUACUCCUACGACUGCACUAAGUACUGAGUAGCCGCGACCCCCCGCCUAGGGCCACCCGCCAAAAAAAAAAAAAAUUAUUAUUAUUAUUAAUAAUAAUAAUUAUUAAAAAAAAAAGAUCAGGAGAAAUAAAACCACAUCAAACGCUUCAGACGCAGGAAAAUAAAAAUAAAAAUAAAAAUCUGACCGCUUCCCCGUGGAGCUGGGGGCCACAGAGUUUGUAGAUCCCAAGCCCCAAUUCGGGCCUCCUUAAAUUCCAGGCAAGUAAAUUCUACUUGAAAAAGGGGAUGUCUCCUAAAAAAAGAAAAAAAAAAAAGAAAAAAAAAAAAAAAGGAAUAAUUCUAUAUAUAUAUGUCUAUCUAAAAGUGGCAAAUUUUAUAUGCUAAAGUAUAGGGGGUCUCAGAAAAAUAAGUUAUGGACCAAUAUCACAACAACCAUUUAUACGUUUUAAAAGGAAAAAAAAAAAGUAUAUAAAUAUAUAUAUAUAAAUAUAUGUCCUGGGUAUUUUUUAAGUUCUCUGUUGUGCUGUAAAAAAUGUGUGGAUUUCUAAUCAGGCUGAUUUUCAGAGCCAUUAAUAUAAUAUUUAAAGUUGAGUUCACUGGAUUAUUUUUGUCUCGCCCGACGAUUCCUAACUUCCAAAUUAAUGACAAGUGAUUUCUUCUUCUUCUUCUUCUUCUUCUGUGUACAAUUAUGCAAUAGAGUUUCUUUCAUUUUAGAGCUGUUCUUUUUGCAAGACGAGGAAAUAAUUUAUUUUUUGCUGGUGGAUUUUUUUUUGAAAGAAAGAAAAAAAAAAAGACAAAGUAUCUGAUACUUUUUUAUUAUUAUUUACGAUGUGUGAUGUUUUGUAUAAUAGAUUUCACCUUGACCAUUCCUAAGGACUAUUUGCUUUAACCUGCUUCAAAGUUCGUUUGUCUUAUGUGGUCCUAAUUGUUGUACUUACCUUAAAAUAAAUCCAUGCUGUUUUUUUCUGCUCCAA